AUGUUCAAAAGAGAAGAAUUCCCAAUCGAAACUGGCUUUGGGAUGUCUAGGACAACUCCAAACUAUUCACGCAUGACAGAACUAAUCAAACAUUAUACGGAUUUAAUUUUAAAGUUAAAAAAUGAAAUUUCAGAAUUCCAAAACUUUAACGCCCAGUCAAAAAUUCUUAACGCACAAUUUACGGAUGAUUUACAAUAUAUUUAUAGCUAUAGACAACAAUUAAAUUCAGCAGUUCAAAAAUUAAAAGAUAUGAAUCCAGCAUAUUCACUUUCUUCAAACCAACAGGCCUCAAAUUGGGCCACACAGCUUGGCGAUAGCUCAUCACUUGCAGCAAUUUCACAAAAUCAAUUACAAUUACAGAUGCAAAAUCAAAAUCAACAAGCCAAUCAAAAUUCUUUACCACCACCAGAUUUACAGUAUAAGAUUGAAUCUAAAAAUAGUUUCUUUAACAAUAGUACAGUAGUAAUGCGUUAUUUGAUAGAUGUCAAGUCUGUUAUUUGUACUGUUCAAUUCGAUCCUACGGGAAAGUUAUUUGCUUUUUCUAGCUCAAGAAAUUUACAUAUUGUUGAUACGUCAAGUGGCCAAGUUUUAUGUUCUGUUGAAAUUUCGCCAAAUAUUCCACGCGUAGAUUUUCAUAGUAGAGAUCUUAAGUUUUCACCUGAUGGAUCGAUGAUUGCAGUUGCUAUUGCACCAGCUUCAAUUGGAAUUUUUAAUUUAGCAUCUCGAACCCUGACACACAUACUAGAAGAACAUGUAAGGAAUGUAUCAUCACUUUUAUUCACUAAAGACUCUUCUAAACUUAUCUCAGGUGGCUCAGAUGGAAUACUUUGCGUCUGGGAUAUGAAAACUAUGGCUCCAAUAAAGAAACUUCAGAAUGGAACUUUAGAACCAGAUGCACCAGCAAGUCGAGAUGGCCCGGUUUCUUCAAUUGUUGCUGGACCUGGAGAUGCCUAUUUUGCUGUAGGUUUUUCAAAUGGAAUUGUGAUCGUUUUUGAUCCAAAUAUGGAUGAAAUAUAUCAAUUCCAAGCCCAUAAUGAGAUGAUUCUUUCAAUGGAACUUACUAAAAAUGGAGAAUUGUUUACGACAUCAUCAGAUAAGCUAAUUAAAAUGUGGAAACUCACUUUGAAAGGUGCAACAUUCGUUAGAACUAUAGAAGAGCAUUCAGAUUUUGUUACAUGUUGUCGUUCUUCUCCAAAUAACAAAAUUUUAUUUUCUGGAUCUAAGGAUGAAACUAUCUGCGCAUGGAAUUUUGAAAAGAAUACAAAUAUGUUUACAGCAAAAGUGCAUACGAAUACUGUCCUUGGCCUUGCUCAUCAUCCAACAGAAAAUAUUUUCUUAUCAUCAUCUGGUGAUGGAUAUGUAGUUGGUUGGUCAUACUUCCUUCCAACAGAUUAA